AUGGGCACUAUACUCGAGAGAACCGGCUCCCCGAAUAUCAACGCUGGGAUGUUGAGAGAGUUGGAAGAGCAGCUGUCUGACUCCAGGGUCCUGACGCCCAACUCACAGGAGUAUCAUGCUGCAAUGGAACGCUGGUCGGACACAGCAGAGAACCUCGUCGUUGUGCCCGGGAUUGAGGAGGACAUUGCGAAGACUAUUAGCUUUGUCCAAAAAUACGGACUUGACCUUGCCAUCGUAGGAGGCGGCCAUUCCACUUCCGGGGCGGGAUCGUCGCAAGGUGGGGUAUUGAUUAGCCUCUCCAGGAUGCGUUGGGUCACAGUAGAUCCUGUAAAGCGCACUGUGACCACUCAAGGUAGCGCUCUAUGGCAGGACGUUGACCAGGAGGCAGGAUCACACGGCUUGGCAACUGUUGGAGGCGUUGUGAAUCACACGGGUGUCGGCGGACUGACCCUAGGUGGCGGUUAUGGCUGGCUGAGUCGCCGGUAUGGGCUGGUAGUCGACAACCUGCUACGUGUCAAGCUGCCACAUACUGAUUGUAUCGGCGGAGGAAAACCCGGAGCUCUUCUGAGCGAUCAGGGGCGCAGGGCACAAUUUUGGGGUGCGUUCGAGCAGAGAAGCGAGGUUUAUGUUGGACUUCUCGCAUUCACGCCAGAUAAGCUGGAGCAGGUCAUCGAGUUCGCCAAUCAUCUCGUGGGCGAUGAUACUGCCGAUGGCCGGUCCGCGGUCUACUGUUUUUUGACCGUGCCACCCGGAGGUUCCGAAUCAACAAUUGUGUGCUGUGUCAUGUGGAAUACUUUCGAGGAAGAAGGAAGGACGCGCUAUGCGGAUCUCCUGGCCCUCAAUCCAGUCAUGAAUACGGUGACGAUGAUUCCCUAUCAAAAGGUAAAUGCGCUGCUAAACGAUGUAGCAGUGGCUGGGGACCGGAAAAGCAUGAAAGGCUUUUCUUUUGUACUACCGAUGAGUCCUGAAUUUGUGCGUACGAUGUUUAAUGAGUAUGCCCGCAUAAUCAAGGAAGAACCAUAUUGUAUCAAGUCUUUCAUUUUCUUGAAGUUUCUUCAAAUGGGCAAAUUCGUCAGUGCUUCGCAGCCAGAGAUGGCUUUUGCUAACCGCGGAGCCUUUUUAAAUGGGGUGGGGGGUUGGAUGAUUCCUCCUGAGCAUAUUUGUUAUCUCCUUCGGAGGUUAUGCUGCCGGUCGGAUUCACGGUUUUCAAUCCUCAUUUGA